AUGUUACUGUGCAAGUCGCCGGGUCUUCGCGCGAUAUCCGAACGCGUGGAAAAAGCGAUCGUCUGUUUUCCGAGUCCGGCUUCUGCUGCGGCGAUGUGGCGGACGCCCAUGGCCACGGCGUUGCCCUUCGGUACGUUUCCGCCGCUGUUGGCAUCUCCAGCGCCAUGUGCCCAGCUUCUGGCUGCGCAAGUCGCUGCGGCGGCCGCCGCGGCCGCACCCCCGGUCUUCAGGAGGAAUACUUUACCGAACCAGGCCGGCAACAGAUUCCGCGCUGAAAGAUGGACUCCAUAUUCAACGUCGUCCCCAAAAAGUGCUAAGCCGGCAACUCCGUCUCCGGCUUCGUCGGCGACACCGCCACAAGAGCUUUUCGAGGCCUCCGUCGUCGACGUUGAAGAUCUCCUCGCGGAUUCCGCAACUCAACUGGAACCAUCAAAACCACCGACACCCUCCGACCCUCAGGCUUCGAACGCUGGCAACGAUGCCUCAUUGAGUCCCCAGUCUCCAUCUUCGGAGAAAGCUCCACCGUUGGCACCGUCACCCUCUGGAGGUGCCUCAUCGCCUCUCAGCGAAGGACAACAGACUUCCGGCUCAAUUUCAGGCACUUGUGGAUUGACCGACCCGUGCGCUCGGAUACCAUCUCUGAGUGACUUGAUGCAGCCGUUGUACUGCAAAGUCUGCGACGCAAAGCUCAACGGGAGACUGCAAGCCUCCGCGCACUACGACGGGAAGAGUCACCAUAGGCGAUUGAGACAGUACCUGGAGAAAGCAGGUCGUGCCACCGAUCUCCAAAAGCUCAAGGAGCUCCAUCAGCAGAAAAAGCUCGAGAAGAAGACUUCGGGCAGUGACAAGUUGGAGGAAAGUUUUUGCAAACUCUGCGACGUGGCCUUCACAUCCGACGUUCAGGCCAAACAACAUUACGCCGGGAGAAAUCACCAGCGAAGGCUCCGAGGAGAGCCGCCCCUGCCCAAAGGAUUCUACAAUCCCGUCACCGGAAAAUGGCAGAGACAACCUCCGACCGGCUUACCGUUGAAAGUGGCGACGAGCUCCGCAGGUCUGAGUGCCGGACUCGGUCAUGUAGCAGCAUCAUCAGCGUUGUUGGGCGCGACGGCACCCCUGCCCGCAGCCCUCUUCCCUCCACCGUUGCAAUUCUAUUGCGAAGCUUGCAAUAUUGCGGUGGCAAACCAGCAACAGAUGACCGCCCACCUCUCCAGCCCAGUGCACAAGGCGCGCAUGAACGACGCCGCGCUCCUCGCUCCUCUGUUGGCAGCUGCGGCGGCCGCGUGCCGUCCUGCAGACGGAGGCAUCAUGCUUUCCCUUCAUCCAGGCGGUCCACACACGCCCCUGAUGUUCAACCCGCUCAACCCUCAGUACCUCCAUGCUACGAUGACGGCAGCUGCUGCCCCGUGUGGCACGCUGCCCGAACUAUAG